AUACAGCGCCAUUUGUCACCUCGUUCAGUUGAACUGACCGGACUUGUUAUUUCCGGUGAAGUUAAUUCGGAUCCAGCUCGACCUGCAGCUUACGUCCUUGAAUCUCCUGCUCCUUAGCUCGCAUUCCCCAUGUCGGCGAAACCGGAGGAGCACGAGGGUGAGGAGGAGAUCCUAGGAGGCGGCGUGUGGGGAGUGGAUCUAGGGGUAGAGAUUGAGGAGGCCCACCGCGCGGCGUGCUUGGCGGGGAAUUCCACCUACGUAGACCCUGAAACAGGCUAUUCGGUGUUCACAGCGCCGGCUCUGCUGAAGCCCGGCCGCUGCUGCGGCAACAAAUGCAGGCACUGUCCCUUCGGCCACUAUGCUGUUCGCCCCAAUGCCUUCAUGUUACGGACCAACUCGCUCACGGAGCCGAUGCUUCUCUCUCCCACAAAGAAUGCCUCUCUCUCCUCGCCCUCAAUCGCCCUGCUCUGGGACGGCAGCCUGCCCGCCCUUCUCGCUCUCCAGCUCACUAGGUGCUCCAUGGGCUGUGCUAUCAGCUCACUAGGUGCUCCAUGGGUUGAGCUAUCAGCUCACUAGCUCACUAGGUGCUCCAUGGGUUGUGCUAUCAGCUCACUAGGUGCUCCAUGGGUUGUGCUAUCAGUUCACUAGGUGCUCCAUGGGUUGUGCUAUCAGCUCACUAGGUGCUCCAUGGGUUGUGCUA